UUCAUAGUUUCUGAUUCUUCUUCUUUUCCAUUUUUUUCAACUUCAAUUUUCAGCGGGAGAAUGGUUAAGUGUUUCUCUCUCUUCGUCGCGCUCUCUCUCCUCGCCGUAUCGGCGAUCGGCGGGGAUCAUUUCUCCGGCGAUGGUUAUGGAGAUUCCAUAAUCCGUCAGGUUGUCGACGAUGGAGGAGUCAACGGAGGAGGAAGUAACGGCGACGAUCUGCUACUCGGAGCUGAGCACCACUUUUCAGUCUUCAAGCAGAAGUUUGGGAAGUCAUACGCCUCUAAGGAGGAGCAUGAUCAUCGGUUCAGGGUCUUCAAAGCCAACCUGAGGCGAGCUCAGCGCCACCAGGCUCUUGAUCCAUCUGCUACUCAUGGCGUCACUCAGUUCUCUGAUUUGACACCAUCGGAAUUCCGAAGGUUGUUUCUAGGGCUUAGAGGUCGCCGUCUUGGACUCCCUGUGGACGCUAACAAAGCCCCUAUUCUUCCUACUGAUGGCCUUCCGACUGAUUUCGAUUGGAGAGAUCAUGGAGCUGUCACGGAAGUCAAGAAUCAGGGUUCGUGUGGAUCAUGCUGGAGUUUCAGUUCAACCGGUGCUCUUGAGGGCGCUAACUUCCUUUCUUCCGGCGAACUUGUUAGCCUCAGCGAACAACAGCUUGUUGACUGUGAUCAUGAGUGUGAUCCAGAAGAAAAAGGUUCCUGUGAUGCUGGCUGCAGUGGGGGGCUAAUGAAUAGUGCAUUCGAGUACACAUUGAAAGCCGGUGGACUAAUGAAAGAGAAAGACUACCCAUACACUGGUACAGAUCGUGGAGCCUGCAAAUUUGACAAGACCAAAAUUGCAGCAUCAGUAGCCAACUUUAGUGUGAUCUCCCUUGAUGAAGAACAAAUUGCUGCCAAUCUCGUGAAAAAUGGCCCUCUUGCAAUUGGUAUCAAUGCUGUAUUCAUGCAGACAUAUAUUGGUGGGGUUUCUUGCCCUUACAUUUGCUCAAAGCACUUAGAUCAUGGAGUUCUAUUGGUUGGUUAUGGAUCAGCUGCCUAUGCUCCCAUCCGAAUGAAAGAAAAACCUUACUGGAUCAUUAAGAACUCGUGGGGAGCCAAAUGGGGGGAGAAUGGAUACUACAAACUCUGCAGGGGUCGCAAUAUCUGUGGUGUCGAUUCCAUGGUGUCGACAGUAGCUGCAGUUCAUAUCACCUCGAACUAGUAUACGAACUGCUGGAGAUUACUCACAGCUAUAAUUCCUGUAUAUAUGGCAAUAUUAUCACCUAUGGAAGGAAGUUAAGUUAUGAACUGCCAUUUAAAGCGCGUAGAAUUUGAACUCUCAGAUUUCUGUUGGUUUAGAAACUUGAAAAAGUAGCUUAUAUACAUGCAUAUUUAUAUUUAGCUCAAGCUGUUUUGGUUAAGUUUGGAUUGUUUGUAAGCAAAAACAAGCUCUUUGCUAUCUUUUUCUUCUGGUAAAGAUUGCUUGUUGAGCU